AUGCUUUACGAGAUCCGUAAUUUAGACGCAAGCAUAUUUGAAAACAUGCUAGUGAGUGACGCCUCAGAAGAGCAGUUAGAAUUAGAAACUGAAGUAGUAGAUAAAUAUGUUAGUAAGUUUUACUUAAAGAACAAACAAAUGCACUUCAUAAAAGGAACACUUCUGAAGCUGAUAGCGAAAGCACUCACACGGCUUCCUAUAAGGAGUCAGAGGUUUAAGUUGCCAAAAACAGAGGUACAAAAAUAUGCUGGCGAUUUGGAAGGUUGGUUUGAAUUUUGGAAGUUAUUCAAGAAGAUACACGAAGAUACUGGUAUUGAUAAUGAAGAGAAAAUUCAGUAUUUUAUUCAGUCUACGAAAGCUGGCUCCAGAGCACAUAAGUGUUACCAGAAGAAAAUUAUUCGAUAG